AUGGACAACUCCCUCCUGCUAGGGCUCCCCACCCUCCUCUGCUGCUUUAGAGGGGAGUCCCUAUGGUUGACAGCUAAAACUUCUGAGACCAUAAACUUUAGCCCCUCUUUUGACUUAGCCUAUUUUAAUAGAGACCCUCUCUCACUUCGACUUCCCUACUCUCUGGCCCAAAUUAUAGAAAUUAUUCAGUGUAGGAUGUGCCACCUCCAGUUUCCAGGUGAGAAGUGUUCCAGAGGCAGAGGAAUAUGUACUGCAACAAUGGAAGAGGCUUGCACAACUGGGAGGAUUUUCAGAAAUAAUGGUACACCCUGGUUAACCUUUAGGGGCUGCCUAAAGAACUGUGCUAAUGUGAACAAUAUAUGGAGGGUCUAUCUGGUAAACUUCAGGUGCUGCAGAAGACGUGACUUGUGCAACGAAGACCUCUAG